AGAGCGCUACAAACACAGUGUCUUUCGUCAUUGAAGAGCAUUUAUAUUGUGCUUAAUGGCAUUUCAAUACAGUAAUUUAGUUAAUUUCAUAACUGUACCCAUUUCAUAGAAGCCAAUACGAAUAAACACUAUCCUCUCUGUAUACUAUGUUUAAGAGGAUGGCUGAAUUUGGUCCAGAUUCGGGGGGACGUGUAAAGGGAGUCACUAUCGUGAAACCCAUCGUGUUUGGAAACGUUGCACGAUAUUUUGGCAAGAAAAGAGAAGACGAUGGUCACACUCAUCAGUGGACAGUUUAUGUGAAGCCUUACAGAAAUGAGGAUAUGUCUGCUUAUGUAAAAAAAAUACAGUUCAAACUGCACGAAAGUUAUGGGAAUCCUUUAAGAGUUGUUACGAAGCCUCCGUAUGAGAUUACAGAGACGGGAUGGGGAGAGUUUGAGAUCAUCAUAAAGAUCUUCUUCAUCGAUCCAAAUGAGAGACCGGUCACCCUGUAUCAUCUGCUGAAGCUGUUCCAGUCAGACUCCAGCGCCAUGCCGAAGAAGACUGUUGUGUCCGAGUUCUACGACGAGAUGAUAUUUCAAGACCCGACAGCCAUGAUGCAGCAACUUCUGAACACCACCAGACAGCUGACGUUAGGUGCUUACAAACACGAGACCGAGUUUGCAGAGCUGGAAAUACGAACACGAGAAAAAGUGGAAGCGGCAAAGAAGAAGACCAGCCUGGAGAUCGUAGAGCUGAAGGAGCGACUGAAAGCCUCCAGAGAAAACAUCAACUUCCUGAAGGGAGAGAUACGCAGACUGGAGGAGGAGGACCAGAUGAAAGAUCACUGAGGAUGUUACGCUCACCAGCCUUCAGCGCUGCAGGAUUUGUUAUGCUUUUGUGGGACUGAUCAAUUUAGUUUUCUGGUUCAAAGU